CCGGCCGGUGCCCGCCAGGGUCGUCAACGGCAGCGCCAAGGGCACCAUGCACUUCCCCUUCCUCAGCCUCCUGCCCUGCCCGCCCCACGCCCGAGGCCUGGGCAAGCGCUGGGAGGUCCAGAGCUGCCGGAAGUGCUACGGCGUGCUGGAGGACAUCUGGUCCACCUACCGGGCCUGCCACAACGAGGAGCUGAUCAACUCCGCGCAGAGCUUCCUGGGCCGCUACCACCAGGUGUUCUCCGGCCCGGACCCCGGCGGCCCGGCCCCGCACCCCGGCCCGAAGCCGGGCCCCGCGUCCGUGUGCUACGUCUGCGGGGCCGAGCUGGGGCCCGGGAAGGAGUUCCAGCUCCACGUCAACCCGCCGGGGCGCUUCGGGGAGAAGGAGCCCUUUUUCCCCUUCCUCACCGUCUACCCUCCCGCGCCCGGGGCCAGGCCCGCCGACUCCACGGGGCUGGUGGCCACCUGCGUGCUCUGCUACCAUGACCUGGUGGGGCAGUGGCUGCAGCAUGAAGCCAGGAACGCCCACCACCCGGUCAGCGCCUGGUCCCGGCAGUACAAAGUGGAGACCUUCAUCUGUUUCUUCUGCCGCCAGGAGAAGAGACGGUGCCUUGGAUUAAAAGCCGUGCGCGUCUCCAGGCUGCCCGUGUUCCUCUACAGCCCGCGGGCCGGCCACAGCCUGCUGGUGGACGACGGCCAGCGGCUGACCAUCGGGGCGUGCCUGGAGUGCGGGACGGUGGCGUUUGCCGGAAAAGCUGUGGCCCCGUCGACCCUAGCCGCCGGUUCCUCGCCGGCCGCUCUCCAGAAGGCCUCUGCCUCUUCCCACGAGGCAUCCCCUGCCAUAAAGCCCUCAGCCGACCAGCCCAGCCCACGCUCCACAGCCUCCGGAGACAGCCUGGGCAGGGGGAACGGGGUGCUGCAGGAGACCGGCUCAGACCGAGGCCAGCAGUCCCGUUUGGAAGCAGAAGGCGCGGACUCAGGAGCCAUAAGCAUGAGCCAUGAGCCCAAGUCCCCUUCACUAGGAAUGCUUUCAACAGCGACGCGGACCACCGCUACCGUCAGCCCCCUGACCCCUUCUCCUCUCAAUGGCUCCCUUGUACCCAAUGGCAGCUCUGCGGCCAACGGCACUCUGUCAGUCCAGGCAGCACCCUCCUCCAGCUUCGCCGCCGCGCUGCGCAAACUCGCCAAACAGGCGGAGGAACCGAGAGGGUCUUCAAUAAGCAGCGAGUCUUCCCCAGUCUCCUCGCCAGCUACCAACCACAGCUCUCCGGCCAGCACGCCCAAGCGAGGACCCAUGGGCCCCAUUAUCGUCCCCCCGGGGGGCCACAGCGUGCCCAGCACACCCCCCGUGGUCACCAUUGCCCCCACCAAAACGGUCAAUGGAGUCUGGAGGAGCGAAGGCCGCCAGCAAGAAGCGGGGUCGAGGGGCAGCAGUAGCAGAGACCGCCUGAUCGCUGAACCCCCGCUGCCCCAGGAGAAAGCAGGGGGCCCGGCCGUCCCGUCCCACCUGCUCAGCUCGCCCUACUCCUUCGGCCUCCCCCCCAACUCUGUCGUGCAGGAUUCCCGCUUCCAACCAUUGAACCUCCAGCGUCCAGUACACCACGUGGUGCCUCCCAGUGCGGUCACCGAAGACUACCUGCGCAGCUUCCGCCCCUACCACACUGCAGAGGACCUCCGCAUGUCGUCGCUGCCUCCCAUCAGCCUGGACCCGGCCACCGCUGCCGCUUACUACCACCCCAGCUACCUGGCCCCUCACCCCUUCCCGCACCCGGCCUUCAGGAUGGAUGAUUCCUACUGCCUUUCUGCAUUGAGGUCUCCCUUCUACCCGAUCCCAACCCCUGGGUCUCUGCCCCCUCUGCACCCUUCAGCUAUGCACCUCCACCUCUCUGGGGUGCGGUACCCCACCGAGCUCUCUCACUCGUCUCUGUCGGCCUUGCAGUCAGAGAGGAUGUCAAGCCUGACAGCAGAGAGACUCCAGCUGGACGAGGAGCUGAGACGGGAGCGGGAAAGGGAGAGAGAACGGGAGAAGGAACGAGAACGGGAAGCCGACCGGGAGCGGGAGAAGGAGCGGGAACGGGAGAGGGAGCGGGAGAAGGAGCUGGAGAGAGAACGGGAGAAGGAGAGGGAGCGGGAAAGAGAGCGGGAGCUGGAGAGGCAGCGGGAACGAGCUCGGGAGAAGGAGCUGAUGGUGAAGUCCAUGGAAACCCAGUUCCUGCCGGUUUCUGAGCUGCACAGCUUGAGGAGCCAUCCGGUGGAAGAGCGGGUCAAACCUUCAGAGCAACUGACUCCAAACAGAUCUGAGAAACUCAAGGAUGCCUCCUUGCAGACGCCCAAACCAGUCCAGCACCCCCUUCACCCGUCGCCCGCCCCCCACCACUCGGUGCCCAGCCUCAUCUCCAGCCACAGCAUCUUCCCGCUGCCCGGCAGCAGCGCGGCCACGGCCCUGCUGAUCCAGCGGACGAACGAGGAGGAGAAGUGGCUGGCCCGGCAGCGGCGGCUGCGGCAGGAGAAGGAGGAUCGGCAGUCCCAGGUGUCGGAAUUCCGCCAGCAGGUGCUGGAACAGCACCUGGACAUCGGCCGCCCCGCUCCCCAGGUGGAGGCCGAGCAUCGGCCUGAGAACCCCAGGCCCGGACCAAACCGCCACGAGCCGAGCGGGCGGGAGCCGGCGCAGCACUUGGGCGGGCCCCCGCCACUCAUCUCCCCCAAGCCUUCGCACCACCCCGUGCCCACCGCGCUCUGGAACCCCGUGUCCUUGAUGGAGAGCCCGCUGGAGCCCCGGAGGAGCCAGGAGAAUCAUCCUCUCCACCCCCACCCCGUCGCCUACGAGCCCAGCCGGCAAGCGGUCCCUCUGGUCAAAGUGGAACGGGUCUUCUGCGCCGAGAAGCCAGACGAGGGGCCCCGGAAGCGGGAGGCGCUGGAGAAGUACCAGCCCAUCAGAGAGCCGGUGGCGUUGGAACACGGCGGGUACGCCCACGGGCCCUUCUUGGCGGAACUGGAAAAGUCCACCCAGACCAUCCUCAGCCAGCAAAGGGCCUCGCUGUCCCAGACCGGGCAGUUCGGCGACGUCAAUCUGCCCCACAAGCCCAGCUCACCCUACAGACACCCUCUUCCCAGGGGUCCCGACCCCAUGUAUGUUUAUGACGAGUUUCUGCAGCAGCACCGAAGGCUGGUCAGUAAACUGGAUCUGGAAGAGCGCAGGCGGCGAGAAGCCAGAGAGAAAGGCUACUACUAUGACCUGGAUGACUCAUACGACGAGAGCGAUGAAGAGGAAGUCCGGGCACAUCUCCGCUGUGUCGCUGAGCAGCCACCACUCAAACUGGACACUUCCUCGGAGAAACUAGAAUUCUUACAGCUGUUCGGCCUAACCACCCAGCAGCAGAAGGAGGAACUGCUCACUCAGAAGAGGCGGAAGAGGCGCCGGAUGCUGAGGGAGCGGAGCCCCUCGCCGCCGACGAUCCAGAGCAAGCGGCAGACCCCUUCACCGCGGCUCCCGCUGUCCACGCGCUACAGCCCUGAUGAGAUGAACAACAGCCCCAACUUUGAGGAAAAGAAGAAGUUCCUCACCUUUUUCAAUCUGACUCACAUCAGUGCCGAGAAGAGGAAAGACAAAGAGAAACUUGUUGCAAUGCUCCAUGCCAUGAAACAGAAGACCCUGUCAGCGGCAGUCACAAACCCGAUGAAAAGUUCUCUACGGGACAGCCCCACGGUGUUGCUAACCACCGAGCCGCCGGUGCAGCAGCUACCUGUGGAUUCAGAUAAGCCCCUCGGUAUCGCCACGUCCCUGUCUGAUGCCCAGAAAGCAGCAGAGCCUGGAAGACCUGAACAGCCUCGACUCCACGAGCUGCAAAGGGCUAAGGAGGCGGCCCCUACCAGCAUGGAAAAGGCCAGGGCGAAUGAAGCCCAUCCGGGGAAGAAGAGCCUGAGCAUGCUCAACUACGUCCGGGGCCCACCUCCCAAGGACAGCCCGGUCCCGCUGUCCCACAGCGUGAACGGCAAGAACAAGCCUUGGGAGCCGUUCCGAGCGGAGGAGUUCGCCCACCAGUUCCACGAGUCGGUUCUGCAGUCCACGCAGAAAGCCUUGCAGAAGCAUAAAGGAAACACAACAGUACUUUCUGCUGAGCAGAACCACAAAGUCGAUGCCUCCAUCCGCUAUAACAUUCCCGAACUUCAGACGUCGAGUCGUGCCCCUCUACCCCAGCAGAACGGACAGCAGGACUCCUCAUCCGCAAGAAAGGGGAUGAUCCCCCAGGAGCUCAGCAGAGACUCAGAGGAGGAGGAAGAGGAGGAAGAGGAGGAUGGAGAGGAGGAGGAGGAGGAGGAGGAAGAAGCCCCCAGACCCAAAUGGCAAGGGAUUGAGGCAAUUUUUGAAGCUUACCAGGAGCAUAUAGAAGAACAAAACCUGGAGCGCCACGUGUUGCAGACCCAGUGCCGACGGCUGGAGGCCCAGCAUUACAGCCUCAGUCUGACAGCAGAGCAGCUCUCUCACAGCAUGGCAGAGUUAAGGAACCAGAAACAGAAGAUUGUGUCAGAAAGGGAGCGACUUCAGGCAGAACUGGAUCACUUACGGAAGUGCCUUGCGUUGCCUGCAAUGCAGUGGUCUAGGGGUUACUUUAAGGGGUAUCCCAGGUGACGCUCCCUUGCACUAGGCUGAACAUAUAGUAUAGAAAUAAUAUCUAUUUUAUUACCUUGAAUAUUUAAUAUUUUUCACUGGGAGGUUUGAAGCUUAAAAAAAAAAAAACGAAGAAAUUGAGAAUGUGCCAUGCAUGAUGAAGCAGAGAAUUCCGGGAUCCAGAAAAAAAAAUCUAUAUUGACUUCAAUGCAGUUGUAUCAACUUUGUAAUUCUGCAAGCAACCCGUAUAGGAAGCCUAUAGUUUUUUUUUUCUUUGAAAGGACAUUUUAUUCUUUCCCCCCCACCCAUGUUAAUUUUUUUAAAAAGAUCAUCUGAAGAUGAAGGUUUCACCACCAACACUAAAAACGCAUUUUCCGUCCCAGGAGUUCACGUCUGCCCCGAAUCAGAUAGAACCAGUUUUGCUUUUCUUUUGUUGCCAUAUUAGAACAACUAAAGAGUGAACUUUGAUUCCUUUGUACAAUGGAGUUGGCCUAAUUCUUCGCCAGGAAUAAGGUUCCUCCAGCCGAAGAGGAAGCAAUGUUGAAGGGACUGUUCAUCUCAGUUACCGAAAUCUCCAAUCAAUAUCUUCAGAGCGAUAUGUCCUGGGAGCAAGCAUAGCUCCAGUACUUGAGACUUUCCCUGAGGCUUUCCACUGGAAAUGCACUUAUCAAAAAUAAAAUGUAUAAACAAACUGAAGGUACCUUUUUAUUACUGUGUGGGGGAAAAUUGUACAGAACUAUUAGAUAUACAUCUAUAUGUGCAAACACACACACACACACACACACACACACACAUGCACACACACAAAUUGUGUUGCCCUAGUGGGUGAUGUUUUCAUACCAACUCAGAUUUUGAGAGAAAAAAAUAAGUCAAAAAAAGGUGCUUCAGCCUUGUACUGUGUAUAUAUUAAAAACAAAGUUUUGUAUGUUUUUAUUACUUUAAUUGUUAUAAAAGCCUGCCAUUUUUAAUGUUUUUUUGGGGGGGAGGGGCAAAAAAAUUAACUUGCUUUUAGUGUUUAUACUGCUGCUGGUCAGGACAUUAAAAUAUUAAAAUGUUUUAAAGAAUUAAAAAGAGGAAAAAGUCAAAAGAGCUUUCCACUGGCGCAUGUGCUAUCACUUCUGUCUUCAAUUUGUGUAGCACCAGAAAAUUCUAUUGUUAAAAGGCAAUGCAUUUACCUCCCUCCUUACCUCCCUCCUGAUUUGGUUUUUUUUUUUCCUUUCGUUUUUGUUUUUGUUCAAGCACUUCGAAAGUAAAAUUGCUAAUAUGACCAGCUGCUAAUGAGUGGGGAGGGGACUAGUUUGUGUUGGGAACAAGAUAAAAAAAUUAUGUGUGUGUGCGUGCGUGCGUGUGUGUUUUUUUUUUAAGAACUUUUCAGGAAGUAAAUGAACUGUUUGUUCUGUGAUCUAAAUCUAUGAUGUCUUACAGCAAUCUGAGCAGGUGCAAAGUAGAAAACUUUAGUGGCUUCAUUUAGAUGCAAGGUUUUUAAAAAGCUUUUAAAUAAUCUAAAGUAGGGAUAACACAAUGUCUGAGCUGAACUUCUCUUCCUUUUUAUCUGUGACAGGCGCAGAAGGGGACCAACUUGAAUGCUUAAGAGCAAUGGGGAGUUUAAGAGGAAAUUGCCCCGUCUUUAGCCUACAGUUUUCCUACACUCUGUGCUCAUGGGCCAUGCGGCGAUUCUGUAGAGUGAGAAAAUGUGAUGGAGCUGAGGGCUGAGGUCAGAGUUAGUUCAUCUCUCACCCAGAGGAGAGAAUGGUAUUUCUUGGAGAGUCAGUAGUCGACCUUGACCCAUCAGUUAGGGAGUAUUUUUUUUUUAAUUUAAUACAAUUCAUCCAGAUGGGUAAAGGACGCACUUGGUGCCGAGAUCCCCCCGGCUUGCCGAUACAACCUCCUUGCUGAUGGCUUGAACGUGGCUUUCUCUGUUUCCUCACAGUUUGCUUUAUGUGGUUGCCAGGAAUCUUCCUGUUAUUAGCAAACUCAGACCAAAAGUGCUGCCAGUAUUAUCAGCGGUCCACAAGUUAUCAGGGAUGUUACUUGAAGAGAAACGAAAGGCUAUUCUGGGCCUCCUCAGCCUUAAGACGUGUUGUGUGAAAGCUACUGUUGGUGGGCAGGAGCAGGGCAAAGGAGCUGACCUGGUGUAGCUGAAGGCCAAGUAUUACAACUGCCCUUCCUUCUCUGACCUGGAACUGUUUUUGGGCGAGGGGGUUUACUUCCUCUCCUUCACCUCCCACCCCUAACACCGCAGAAAGUUUGCCUUUCUCUUUUGUAAGUCUUGUCCCAUUUGGUCUGGGUGAUACCUCAGAUGAGCGAGGUAGAGAAGCUAAUAUCCACUGGGAACUCAGUUAUUGAGAAAAGCAGGGAGGCAGGUAGGUAAAGUUAGCAAUAACUUCAAAAGGUUAAAGGAGUUAGUCGACUUGGGUGAUUGUGGGGGUAAACGACUGCCCAAGGGGAGCCGUGUUAGAGAAGAGUGCACCUUUCUCUAAUAAUCUCAUCUUUUUAAAGCAAGAGGGGCUUGAAUCUUGGCUUUCUUAACUGUAAUAGCCUGUAACCCUCAUUAUAUUCUUCUUUUCCUGUGUGAGACUCUGAAUGCUCCUCUUCCCUAAGAGAUAAUGAGACAAUCAGAGAAUAUAAAAUCAGGCCUGCAAGAUAGUCACCAUUAAGUGAAGAAAAGGAACUGAAAAGCUUGAUGUAAACGUGCGUCGCCAAGAUGGGUAAUACCCGAUUGGAUUUUCAUUCGGACACUUAGUUCCAAGUAGAGACCUAACUUUCCAGCAAUCAGGAAACUCCUGAUUAUAUUUCAUCCAACAUGGUCUGAAAAAUAGGGGAGAUAAUGUGCCGGUGGCUUGAUCUAUUUUCAGUUAAAUCCUACCAAAAAUGGACACGAAGAAAUAUGCAAGCUGGGAAGUUUGUCUAUUUUUUUUCUUUCUUUUUUUGGGGGAUAGGGGAGGGGAAGCAUUCAGCUUACAUUGCUUUUUGCUCUCAUUGUGAAAUAGAAAGUAAAACUUAACACGAAAUGGGAAAGCCAUAUUUGGUGUCAUGGUUGGCUCUUAAAUCGGUGUUUAACCACCCCAGCUUCCAUAUUUACGUGGAGAGACUUCAGUCUUCUGUGAUAGGGAACGUCUUUACGACAUGUUUGCAGAAAUAGGGCUACAGUCUGUAUUCUUCUGAGGGACAGUGACGGUUGUGAUGUCUUCUUGUGUUGCCGACUUGUACUUCCCAAGCGCUUAGUACAGUGCUCUGCACACAGUAAGUGCUCAAUAAAUACGAUUGAUUGAUUGUUACUUAAAAAGCCAUUGACCGGAUGAUUAUCCCAAGUUUCUAUUUCAACUGAAAAUGAAAACUGGGGCAAACUUUCCCAAACGGCCCGCCCCAUUACCAAAUCUGAACCGCCAAUUUGUCCCAGAAAAUGGAAGAACGAGGUUACUUAGGUGUCUUAAGUGAGAAAUAUCGAAAUGCCACUUUUAGCCAUGCCUGCCCAUCUGUAGCUGCAGUAGAAAAUUAAAUCUGGUGAAUCCCUCUCCCCUAGCUGCCAGAUGACAAAAACUAAACUAUUUCAGACAGAACUAACCUUACUCUGUUGAAUGUCUUUAAUUUGUCAGGUGCUCGUUUGUUUCAGGAAGAUACGUUGAACAUCUACCACUAAAUGGAGGUCAGCACAAGCCCAUCCCAUUCCUUCUUUUCACUCAACCGAGAAAUAGCCACUUAGCAGCUAGUUCUGAAUUUUUAAGAAAAACAGCUGUCGAUUUGAACAUUUGCGGGAGCCUGUACCAACUCUGAUUCAGGGCUUCAUUCCAUGAGUCAUUCUUGGAACUGCAUUGACCUGCAGACCCCACGGGCCAUUGGUAGUGAUUUUUACAAGUGCAACCCGUGCAGAGCUGGCAAGCAGUAAAUCCCUGCCGGGAGGGAGGAGAAGGAGGAGAAAGGGCACCUCAUUCAUUCUGGGGACAGUUUAGAUGCUGUGAAAAAAAAAAAAAAAAUUAAACCUGUUCUAAGUGUACUUGUUUGAAUUAAUUGUAUUGUAAUAUAUUAUUUGUUGAAUGUAGUAAUUAGGUAUUUAUGAAUAUAUUGCUGUAAUUUCUGACAACAUCCAAAAAAAUAAAAUCUUCCUAAAUCGU